GCGAGGCUAGCUGUUUAGCUUCAACUUGUCUAGACGGCCGAGAUGUGGGGAGAUUUGGUUUCUUCACAGGGGCCAAGUCAGCUUUAUUAAAAAUGCACCCACUCUUGGGAUGCAGUGAAUGAAAGCAUCCUACUCCUGUCCAACCAGUGACAUCUUGAUGAUUGGGCUGAUUCAUCUCCAGAUUUGCUGCUCCUGCAUGUUGAAGCAUGAGUUUCCUAGGGGGUUUGUUUGGGCCGGUAUGUGAGAUCGAUGUGCUGCUGAACGAUGCAGAGAACAGAAAGACAGCUGAGUUGAAGACAGAAGAUGGGAAAGUGGAGAAACAUUACCUGUUUUACGACGGAGAGUCUGUGUCUGGCAAGGUCAAUCUAAAUGUGAAGCAGGGAGGAAAACGACUUGAGCACCAGGGCAUCCGCAUUGAGUUUGUUGGACAGAUAGAGCUGUUCUCUGAUAAGAGCAACACUCAUGAAUUUGUAGACUUGGUGAAAGAGUUGGCUUUACCUGGAGAACUCACCCAGAACAGGAGCUACGACUUUGAGUUCAUGCAGGUGGAGAAGCCCUACGAGUCUUACACUGGAGCUAACGUCAGGCUAAGGUAUUUCCUCAGGGUGACAAUAGUCCGGCGUUUGUCUGACCUUGUGAAGGAGUAUGAGCUGAUUGUCCACCAGUUAGCCACCUACCCAGAUGUCAACAACUCAAUUAAGAUGGAGGUCGGCAUAGAAGACUGUCUUCACAUUGAGUUCGAAUACAAUAAAUCCAAAUACCACCUAAAGGACGUGAUUGUUGGGAAGAUUUACUUCCUGCUGGUCAGGAUCAAGAUCCAACACAUGGAGCUGCAGCUCAUUAAGAAGGAGAUGACAGGCAUAGGUCCCAGUACUACCACAGAAACGGAGACGGUUGCUAAGUAUGAGAUCAUGGACGGAGCUCCAGUUAAAGGAGAAUCAAUCCCUAUCAGACUGUUCCUGGCAGGAUAUGACAUGACACCCACCAUGAGGGAUGUCAACAAGAAGUUCUCUGUACGUUACUUCCUAAACCUGGUGCUGGUGGACGAAGAAGACAGGAGAUACUUUAAACAACAGGAGAUUGUUUUGUGGAGAAAAGCUCCAGAGAAGCUGAGAAAAAGAAACUUCCAUCAGCGCUACGAGUCCCCCGAGUCCCGAACCCAGCCACUUACUGCAGAGCAGCCAGAGAUGUGAGGGCUACGCUACGAACUGAAAAUUCACACAGACGCAUCCCAACUCUUCACUGCUGAACAGCCAGAGGUGUGAGGGCUGCCCCACUAUCUACCUGGACUGAGAAAUUUCUGUAUACAUACCUUCAAACAUCCCCCCCUCACCCCAUCACAGCUUCUAAUGUGAGCUGUCCUACCACCGUCACCUGCCCCCCUUAGGACUGAAACAUACUCGCAUUCAGAUGCACAAGUGUCAGUCCAAGUCUGCUGAAUGCUAAACGUCAAGGCAAGAGUGCAAAUCAAAUCGACCCAUGUAAGGAGCUGUGAGGCAGGCUAUUUGAUCUCGGCCCCUCCGACUGAAACACACACACAAGCACAUACGAGUGAAGCCAUACAGUCUCAGUUUGCUGAACGCAUAAUAAAACAGGAACAAAGAUGAAAAAGAAGACAUGGCUACAUGCAACAACCACAUCAUUUAUCCCUUCUUGCGCAACAGGAACUUCUUCUGUUUGGGGAUCAGCUUGAACAAAGGACAUGAUACUCUGUUUAUUCACAAUAUCUGACCUUAAGCUAUAAUGAUGCCACAGUGCUAUAGUUCAUCCAUCUAGCAGGGAAAUAAAGAAUUUCCCAGUUACUGGUUAUCGUAAGUAUGUUACAACCAUGCACCAAUGGCUUUUUCCAUGCAAAUGUCUGCUUCAUUUGGAAAUGAGCGUAGUGCAACAAAUGUCCAUCUUAACAUCAUUUUAAUCCUAUAUUUAAUCUUAAAAUAUGAUUAUUUUGUGCAAGUGACAUAAUUUAACCUGUUUCUAGUUUCAGACCACGUCUCAUUUCAUUACAGAAAUAUUUAGACAAGAUAGAAACAUAAUUUCUGCGUCAAGUAUUUCAUACAAUCAAAAAAUACUGUAGCUCAGUGCAUUUCAGUCUCUUCUUAGGAUGAAUAUUUGAUGCAGUUUCCACUGAUUUAGUCUGUCAGGUUACUACAGAGUUGCCUCCAAAUUAAUCUAAUGGUUAUGAUUCAGAGUUUGACUGUAUUUCUCUAACGGUUGAUCUUGAAAUUGCUGUACAUUUAUGACAAAUGCUCAAGAAUGACAAACCAUUUGUUGUUGGUCUUCCAAAGUUAUUUAAAGUAUCAAUUCAUCAAAAACAAAACAAAAAAACAAACAAUGGCUUCAGUAAGAUACCAUUGGGGGUCUUCUUUUGGUUUGUUUGUUUGUUUGUUUUCUAUGGUCAUUUGUAUGAACUGAACCUUUAAAUUUCUAUAUCAGGUCUGGUGUCAGCUGACAAAGCUUCACAAGUCAAAGAGGUUGAAAAAAAUGAGAAAGCUGUCCGGCUACUUUUAAUGUUCUCACCGCAUGAGUACCAGUCUCUAUUUACAUUUGAAUGAUCAAAUAUAAAACUGAUAUGACGCUAGCUCUCAUCGGCAUACUGUAGAUUCACUGUUUCCAUCAGCUUCACUUACGUUUAGGAUGGGGAGUUUUUGAGCCUGUUUUAAGUAGAAUAGUAAUGUAAUAAAUGGCUCGUGUCUGCUACUGUAAGCACUGGAAGGGAUGCAGUAUCAGUAUACUGUUAAAUCCAAUAUUGUUCCACUGUGAUGCCCAGACCGGCAGCUUAGGUCCUGCUUUAAGGACGCACAUACAGCUAUGUGAUGUCACCAGUCCCAUAUGAAGGGCAAUUUUUGCCCAUAAGCUCUGAUCUGUGGCCAGUUUUGCACUUUGCCCUCCGAUGCUUAACUUUGUUUCAAAGGGCCAUGGAAACUGAAAAGAAACAUCACUCAAGGACAACUUCACCUCAGAGAUCUCCUGUAUCUGUAAUGGAAAUUAUAUUGUCAUUUAUGUUUCACUAGUUUUAAUUGGACUCACUAAGUACAAUAUUUUGUUGCUUUGGUUUUGUUUUUGUUGUGCAAGUCAUGCUGCCAUGUUACAUGUUACAUUUCAUGAACUUCUGGACACUCAGAUGUACAAGUGAGCUUUUCUUUGUGUCUUCACACUAGUGUUGAAUGUGCAUUUUGUUUGUUUGUUUCUCUUCCUUUGUUUGGGAACAGUAUAAUUUAUUUGCAGUAAUGCUUUGUUUCUUUUUUCGCCUGUCAGACAUAAUUUCUGUCUUUCUGAACACUGUACAUGUAGGGUUUGUUUGGUGUACUCUAAAUAUCUUCAAAGGUAAUGAAGAAAACACUUAAAAGCCAAAACUCCCUGCCCCUGUCUUAUCUACUGCAUGUUAAUCUUUACACAGUGUCUAAUCAUGCCAUCGAUGCGUGUGUAUGAUAAUAUGUGUAUAUAUACACCAAACCCAAAUAUAUAGCUAAAAUGAAUCGUGAAUAAAGCAAAUUUAU